CUUCCACUGGCAGCAGACCAGGCGGCACGCCAGCACCAAAUCCACCGCAGCUCUGUGCUGUCGGCGCCCGGGGAUUUUCCAUCGCGUACCCCUGCGGCCCGUCACUGAAGCUAUCGGUCGAGAUGACAACCAUUUGCGACCUCCCCGAAGACGUCCUGGUGGAGCUGCUUUCGCUGCUCCCAGCCCAGGAUCUGAUCUGCACCUGCAGACUGGUCAGCACGCAGUGGCGGUACGUGGUGGAUCUGACCACCCUAUGGAAACGCAAGUGCCAGCGCGAGGGCUUUUAUAUUCAGAACUUGGACAGAAGCAUCUCUGACUGGAAGGUCUUCUAUAUGCUCUGCAACUUGAAGAGAAACUUAAUCAAAAACCCCUGUGCUGAAGAGAACUUUCAGCACUGGAAACUUGAUGAUAACGACGGAGAUAAAUGGAAGAUUGAGGAUAUGCCUGGACCUCAUGGAAAAGAGAUGCCAGACCCCAAAGUACACAAAUACUUUGUCACUUCGUACGGGCCAUGCUUCAAGUCUCAACUCAUUACCCUGCAGAAAGAAGGAUACUGGAAUCAGUUGAUGGAUGAGAAACGGCCUGAAAUUGUAGUCAAGGAUUGGUAUGCUGCCAGAUUUGACUGUGGAUGUCGCUAUGAACUUAGAGUGAGGCUGCUUUCUGAAGACUACAUUGUCCUUGACGAUUUCCACCCCGAGCCGGUGGUUAUAGAACAGUGGAAUGAUGCGAUGUGGAGAGAGAUUUCUCACACCUUCCAGAAUUACCCAGCUGGAGUUCGUUACAUCUGGUUUCAGCAUGGAGGCCAAGACACCCAAUUCUGGGCAGGAUGGUAUGGGAUCCGAGUGACAAACAGCAGCAUCACCAUUGGGCCUCUGACAUUGUUAUGAAGGCGCAAUAGAAGUGUUUGCUUUUACCUCAGGACUGUAACCAGGUGGUCUCAUGUGCACUCAGCUGCCCUCAAGGGCUCUGCUACAGAAAGACUUGCUUUGUACGGUAUUUUCCUGUUUCAGUUUAAUUAUGUGUAAAAACAUGUAUCUUUCACACCAGACCUUUCAUAGCAUAAGGAAACUGUCAACCCUUUUUCAUAAAUGCUGUGUCACUGGUACUUAAUUCCUUAGCAUUUCUGUAAGUGUAUAUGAUCAAAAUGGUACAUACCUUCCCUGUCCAAAUACAGCCCAUCAUUGUUUGAAUAAACAGCUAGAGAAACAGGAGAUAAGGAAUCCCUUAAGGUGGCUACCUUACAAUGUAAGUGCCUUUUGAUUGUGCUGGGCUUUUUCCAUACUACCUUUGUACUACCAAAGUACUUGGUUUGUACUGAACAGUCUAACCCCAUAUAAAAUGUUAAAGCAGCGCACAACCUGGAUCUAUAGCAUUCUUGCACUUUUACUUGGAGGAAGCAGGGAGGUACUAUACUGGCUGUCUUAUCAAAUUGUCUGACCAACAAGCUCAGCUCAUACUAUGAACUAUGUCUUCUACCCCUGUAUGCAUAGAGCCAAUACUAAGGCCGCCUUCCAUCUCCUUUGACAGGUGUAGGAUUAACAGUGUUUCCCUUGUCUGUUCUCCGUUAGGAGUAGGACAUUUGGCAAGUGUCCUUGCUGGACAGACAAAUUCCACCUUGCUUAAUGCCAUGCCAAUGCUGAAAGCUCUCCCAUGGAAAGGGUAGAGACCAAGGUUGCAUAGCCUCUCACAGGAAUUGACAGAUCCCACGUAUGUUCCAGAAAAGGUAUGGAAAGGUGGUGGAAGCU